CCAGGUGCCCGCAGAUGUCGGGAAGGAAAGACCAGCUCUAGACUCCUGGCACAGCCACAACGCGGAUUGCACCGCCGGCCGAGAGCACGAACACCCCCGCCGCCGCCGCCGCCGAUGACUGUGCGCCCGCGAACGCGAGCAGGAGGUCGGCGAAGUGCUGUGCGGGGAUCGGGCGGAGGAACGUGUCCUCGAGCACGAGCUGCUCCACGCGCCGCCCCACGGCGCGCAGCACCUCCGCGAGCCGGCGCACAGUCCCGUCGCGGGCGGUCGUCGACCGGAUCGUCAGCGUGCGCAACGCGGUGUCGGGCGGCAGCGCGGCGCCGAUGGGCGCGAGGAGCCAGAUGUCGUGCACGGAUAGCCGGAUGUGCCUGGCGUCGAGGGAGUCCCGGGAGAUGCCGUGCGACGUGAGGAAGGGGAGGAGCGCGAGGCGGCGGAGGCGGCGGGAGGUGUGGAUCGGUGCGUGGAGGGUGUGCGUGGAGGCGGCACCGAUGGGGAUGGUGCGGGUGCGUGCGCGGUCGUAGUGAGCUUCCACGAUCAUGGCUAGGAUCUCGUCGGGCAAGGCCGAGAGCGACGGCAUCGAGGUAGGAAUGGCGCGCGGGUGGUGGUGGAGAUUGGAGAGGUGGCGGUGGGAAGCCAGCGUGCAGCUUCCCGCUGGCAGCUGAUCGUCAGACUCUCCAUGCUGGGCGGGCUGUGUCUGAGAUUUCUAUGACAGCAGUCGUUGGAGGUAAAGAUAGAUAGAUGAUCACCGUAUGCAGACCUGUAGGAAGGAAGAUGUGAGACAAGUCAGACGAUGGUCUUGGGUGAGCAGAUGCCGCAGAAGGAAGUGAUGCCAUCACGGCAAUCAUGCGAAUGACGGUGUUCUCUUGACUGAUGCAUCCUUACGAGACAGAACGAGUCGAAGGUACUUUUUUUUAAUACUUUCCUGCCGUUAAAACAGUAAUCAUGAGCUGAUAAUAUAACAAACAAACAAAAGACUGUCUCCGAUCUCACACACGCGACUGAAGCAUACCAACAGAGCCCUCACUCCUCGAAUAAUUGUACAGCCCACUUGCACCACUGCAGAGCAGCGCCUGAUCGUACUCGGUGAUAUCAACGCAUCGCAAAGUCCGCAACGCCCCGAUGACCUGUUGCAGGUCCCCCACGUUCCACUCGCCCGUCCAGUCCGGUGCGCUGGGCUCCGCGGACUGUGGUUCUGUGUCCCACUCGAAGGCGAGGGUGUCAUCCGAGGGUCGAGAAUAUACAGCGAGUCUCAGCGUGGGAUUUUGCAUAUUAGUCGGGGGGAGGUCCUGCAGGGCCGGCUCUCGAGGCAGAGUGCCCGCGUCGAGCAAGCCUUUUCGCGACGUAUUAGGCGUCGACCACCGCGCGGAUCCGCUCCGCGAGCGUUUGUGCAGUUUGUGCUGCAGCUUGCAUGGCACCGCGGCGUCACCGAGCGCGCCGCCACCCAGUUCCCGGGGCACCGAGAUGCUCGAUCGCCGACGCGCAUAUCCCGCGCGCCCAUCAUCAGAGAAGCAAGACCCUGCCGGGCCGGGCGCACCCCCGAGUAGUAUCCGCGCCGCCUUAGUACCGCUCCGCGCAUCAAGCACAGUCGCCGAGCGACCCAACACCCGAGGUUCCGGCUCAGCCACACAAGGCUCGUCCACGCCGGUCGUCACGCGCUGAUACCGCGUCGCUGGCCCAGCGGGCCUGGACUGCGGGAAGAAGAACUCGACGGGGCUGGCGUUGCUGAUGGGCGAAUCCGUACGUGUGAGCGCGGCAGCGCUCAGGCACCCGGGAUCGUCGUCGUUGCGGAAGGCCGGACUCGUGGAGUCCAGCAUGGGCGGUCUAUGGGAUCUGCGGGCGGGGCGCGGGCUCGGGUGUUUGCUGCCGCGGGGCGGCCACACGAAUCUGGCCAGGGUUUCUCGCGUCGGGGUGCGCUGCAGGCCGGGCGGGCGGGGGCUGGUGCUGAUGUCUUCGUGCGAGCGGUAUCCCUCUUCCUGAUCGCUCUUGCCUCUGUUGACGGCGGCGUCUGAGCGAACUUUCCUGAGCGAUUUGGUGGAUGGCCGUUCGCCGACGGAGGAGUGCACAGUCUGAUCCUCGCGUUUCCUGCCUGGGACCAUUCAACCAUCGCCCAGCUUCCACCGAACGCCACUCACUGAACAGACGAAUCAGCGCCCCGGUUGGUGACCACGGUGGGGCACAUCCAUCCUCCACCCUUCUGCCCGGCUUUUUCCCGGAUUUCCCACUCCCACUGCGAGAUCCCGAAGCAACAACGCUGAACGAAGUGACGAUGGAGAGAGUCCCAGACGUUUUCGGUUGGAGUGUACGCUCUCGCUGCUGCAUGGUCGUUCUCACCGAGAGGCUGGGGAGAGGUGGGGGCCCAAGUGAGAACGACACGAGAGUAUCAGUCUUCCUUCAUCUGCAUCUUGCAGAACACCUUAUGUAUCAGAUGGAAGAGACCAAAAUACGGAUCCAUCACGUCCCAGGGACCGCUGCUCAGGCUGUGGGGGUAGCGUGGAGAGUAUCAGGCUUUGAAUGUGGGAGGUAAGCUUUGAUUGAGUGCAUCGGGUUCAUUCACGAUGGGUGGGCACUCCAUAUUGUGAAGC